AUGAAGAAAGUAUUUAGAAUGAUUCUAUCACUUCUGAUGGAAACUUUCGAUACCUAAUUAAAUUCCAUAUUGCACCCCUCAACUGGGCAGAGAAAAGGUUUUUCCCCUGUAUGGAUCCGUAGAUGGUCAAAUAGAUUGUGCCACUUACGAAAAAGCUUACCACAACCUUCAAAGUCACACGAAAAUAUUUUUGACUAUCUCCCAGUAGUUGUGCUGGUGUAUUUUACCAUUGUAAAUAGUUUGGUAUUUGGUAUAUGGACCUUGUUGGUGGUUAAUCUUGGAAAUUCUAGUCUAAACUUGAAGGGAAGGGGUUUAUAGUUGAAGGAUGUUAUUGGAGUACUUAAGGAGAAAAUCAUAUUUGAGGUUGCUGAACAUUACUAGGAAUCAAUCCUAACAGUUGGUUAUUGA